CUAGGGGAAGGGGUGAUGGGGUAAGAAGGGGAAAAAUUGGAACAAAAGGUUGGCAAUUGUCAAUGCUGUAAAAAUUACCCAUGCAUAUAACUUGUAAAUAAAAAACUAUUAAAAUUUUUUUAAAAAAAGAUUUGGCAGUUUAAGAUCAUUAGUGAUUUUAGAGUAAGCAGUUUCAGUUGCAUGUUGAGGCUGAAAAAUGUAGAGGGUAAAAAGUGAAGGAAUCGUUUUUAGAUUGCUUUUUCCAAGGAGAGAAGGGAUAUGGGAACUAUUGCUAUGGGGAUUGGAUAGACUGAAAGGUUUUUGUUGUUGUUGCUGUUGUUGUUUGUUUGUCUGUUUGUUUGCUUUUUUUUGAUGUUUGUUUUUGUUUUAUAACUUACAUAAGUCAUUUCUUUUCUUCAGGUCUCAAGUUUCUCCAGCUGCAAAACAAAGGGAUUGGACUAGAUUUCCAAGUGUUUUCAAGGCACUAUUAAAUACUAAGAAAUCUUUGCAAACCGUCUGCUCUUGAAGAUAAUACAAAAAUGAGCCUGAGACUUGAUUUUUUUUUUUUUUUUAAAUUAAUAGAUGGCUCGCUUCUAGGUCCUUUCCAAGGCGGAAGUUUUAGGAUUUGAUGUACUCGGACACAGAGGGUGGGAAAUCAAAGGCAAUAUGAUUAAAACGACGGCACAACGUCAGUCCCCUCAGACUUGAAGAUUUCUGACUUCCGGAGUUUAUGCUUAUUCGUGAAUUCCGACUCCAGCUUUCGGGAUCAAGAGAAACAUGGAGCAAAUAUUGAACUAGUCCCUGCGGAUCUGAAGGGAACCUUCCUUCACCGAAGCCACGAGAGCAGUGGCGCGGAGCAUCAUGGGGCCUGUGAUCGCCUCUCUUCUAGUGAACUACGUAUCCCAUAAGGCAGCGGGCCAAAACGGCUCCCUUUCAAUGAACUUUAUUUGUCAGAGUGCCCUGUGGACAUUUCGGAAGGGGCGGGGGCCGCGGGGGCCGCGGCGGCAGCAGGAGUAGUGGCGGCCGCGCGAUUUCUGCCGCUGCUGCCGGGUCGGGGGCGGUAAGAUGGCGGACGGGUUUGGCGGCAAAGAGAAAUGCAGCGACCAGAGGCUGAUUUCGCUGCCCUUGUCUCGCAUUCGGGUGAUUAUGAAGAGCUCCCCAGAGGUGUCCAGCAUCAAUCAGGAAGCACUGGUGCUCACGGCCAAAGCCACGGAACUCUUUGUUCAGUAUCUAGCCACCUAUUCCUAUAAACAUGGCAGUGGAAAAGAGAAGAAAGCACUUAUUUACAGUGACUUAUCAAAUACUGCAGAAGAAUCGGAAACCUUUCAAUUUCUUGCAGAUAUAUUACCAAAGAAGAUUUUAGCCAGCAAAUACCUGAAAAUGCUUAAAGAAGAGAAAGGGGAAGGAGAAGAAGAUGAUGAUGACGAUGAUAACGAUGAUGAGGAAGAUGAAGAUGAUGACAGUGAGGAUGAAGAAGCUGAAUCUUAAAAUAAAAAUUAACACUUAAUAAUUAGCCUAAAUUGUGCUACCAGCACUACUUCUGCACUUGGUCCCCUUUCUCCUAAACUAAAUAUAGAGUUAUUAAAUUUUAUCCCUAUAACUUUUCUGUGACUCCUACUAGAUCAUAUUUUUUUAGGAUAUUAUAUUUUAUUCAAUCCAUCUAUCCACUUCAGCCAGAGGAGCAAGUAAAAAGAAAGCUCAGCCUCUAAUAUACAUUACUUUUCAGGGUAUCACUAAGCUGUAUAUUUAUUCUAAUGCCUUGUUUAUCUUAUUUGAUGUUGAACUUCUACACUUUUCAGGGAAACAAACAUGAAAUGUUUUUCUCUUUCAUUAAUUGAUAUAGAUUUAAGUUCUAGUGAUAGUAAAUGUAAAUUAAUAUAUGUAUAUUAUGAAAUUUUUUCUCUUGGGGACCAUAUUCGUUUUCAGUUGAAUAUGUAGUUUAUUUUCAGUUAAAUAUGUAGUACAUAGCAUAUUACAUAUUAAUUUCUGUAUAGCAAGAAAUUUUUACUGUUUGAUAAAAGAGUGCUUAUUUUUUUUACUGUAAAAGAUUUUUGAUUCUGUAUUUUUUAAAAAAAAUUGUACAUAUUUCUUUCAAUAAAAUAGUCCAAAAACCA